GCUCCACAGUGGAGUCUACAUCUCAAUGGCUUCCUCCAUCAAAAUGCCAAGCAAGAGUUGUGUUUCUUCCUCCUUCAUCCCCUUCAUUGUUCUCUUGCUUCUUCUUCUCGUGUCUUUCGCCGUAUUAGAUCAGCAUCACUUUAAUGGAUUCCAGAGAAUCUUCAAAGCUCUUGACCAUGACGAACAUAUUGAUAGACUCUCAGAAGAACCAGUGAAAUUUGGGAAGAUUGAAGAUGGGCUUGCAAGGGCUAGAGCUUCAAUUAGACGUGCAGCUAUUUCAUCAAGAGAAUUUGGGGGAAGCAUUAAAGAGGAGGAUUUUGUUCCUAGUGGUGAUGUUUAUCACAAUGCUAAAGCCUUUUAUCAGAGCUACAUUGAAAUGGAAAAAAGAUUAAAGAUCUGGACCUACGCCGAAGGUGAGCUCCCUAUAAUCCACGGUGGGCCGAAAGCCGACAUAUACUCCAUUGAAGGCCAGUUCAUCGACGAAAUGGAGGACGAACGCAACCCGUUUAGGGCCCGUCGGCCUGACGAGGCCCAUGUCUUCUUCCUCCCCAUCAGCGUGGCCAACAUGGUCAAGUACUUCUACAGGCCCAAUAUGACUGACUAUCAUGGGCCCAUGAAGAGGAUAACUGCAGACUAUAUCAAUAUCAUUUCCAAUAAAUAUGAAUAUUGGAACAGGAGUCUUGGUGCUGAUCACUUCAUGGUUUCUUGCCAUGACUGGGCACCGUACGUUUCAAAAGCAGACCCGCGCCUCUACGCCAACUCAAUCCGAGCGAUGUGCAACGCCAAACACCUCGAAGGCUUCAAGCCCGGGACCGAGGUAACCCUCCCGGAAGUCCACCUCCGCGACGCCGCCUCUCGCUCCCCGGGCAGCCCCCAGCUCCCCUCCGGAACACCGCCCGUCCUCGCCUUCUUUCGCGGCGGGUCCCACGGCCACAUCCGGGAGGUCUCUCAAACAUGGAAAGGGAAAGACGGCGACGUCCUGGUUUACGAGUACCUCCCGAGGGGCCUGAGCUACGACGAUCUCAUGAGGAAGGCCAGGUACUGCCUGUGCCCGAGCGGGUACGAAGUGGCGAGCCCAAGAAUCGUGGAGGCCAUAUUCGCCGGCUGCGUGCCAGUCAUAAUCUCCGAGGGCUACCCCCUUCCGUUCAGCGACGUGUUGGAUUGGAGCAAGUUCUCGGUGGAGAUAGCGGUGGAGAACGUGACGGAGAUCAAGAACAUACUGCGGGGGAUCUCGGAGCGGGGUUACGAGGAGCUGAGGGGGAGGGUUUUGGAGGUUCAGAGGCAUUUUGUGCUGCAUAGGCCGGCCAAGAGGUUCGAUGUCGUUCACAUGGUGCUGCAUUCUAUAUGGUUGAGGAGGUUGAAUCUUAGGCUUGGUUAUUGAGGAGUUGGUAUAUAUAAUAUAUGUGGAAAAUCUCUUUCCAUGAAAUAUACGCAAGUUUAUAUAGGUUUUGUUGUUGUGUUUGCUAUAUAUGUUGACGUUUUCUUUGUGUUAAGAAUGAUUAUGUAUUAUUUGGUUCCUAGCUACAAGCUGAGAUAAGCAUUACCUACAUGCUGAGAUAUAUAAGCUUGUUUGACUACAAAUUUCAGGCGAAAGUUCGCAAAACCCCUAAAAUUGUUUGGGGCAUUUCGCGCGAAACCUCCUUGAACUUUAU